GGUUGUCUGCAAAAAGAAGAAGAAGAAGAAGAAGGUCAUUAUUAUUUAGUCAAGAAAAUCAACGGCUGAGAAUCAAUCAAUCAUAUUAAUUAGGGAUCAUCAUCAUCAUGGCUCGUGGAAAGAUUCAGAUUAAGAAAAUCGAGAACCCGGUCCACCGCCAGGUAACUUUCUGCAAACGACGUGCAGGGCUGCUGAAGAAGGCAAAGGAGCUCUCGGUUCUCUGCGAUGCUGAUAUUGGACUCUUCAUUUUCUCCUCCCAUGGCAAGCUCUAUGAACUCGCCACCAAUGGAACGAUGCAAGAGCUUAUUGAGAGGUACGCGAAGUUGAAUGGAGCUGCUCAGCCAUAUGAAUUGAGCAUCAAUCUGGAUACCAAGGAGGAAACCAUUCGGUUGAAACAGGAAAUUGAGAUGCUCCAAAAAGGACUCGGUUAUAUGUUUGGAGGAGAAGCUGCGGAGACGAUGACUUUAGAUGAAUUACUCAUUCUUGAAAAGCAUCUUGAGAUUUGGAUAUGUCACAUACGCUCAACAAAGAUGGAUAUUAUAUCUCAAGAGAUCCAACUGUUGAAAAAUAAGGAAGGAAUACUGACAGCGGCAAAUAUGUAUCUUCAAGAAAAGAUAGAAGAGAAUACUACUGACUAUGCAACACUACUGGGUAGUAGUACUAGUUCAUGCCCACUAACCUUGCCAAAUGAAAUGUUUCAAGCCUAAAAAUUAACUUCACAUUUCUUCUUAGACAAAUAAACCAGUCGUCUGUGUGAUACUUUUCCUUUAUUAUUAUUAUUAGCAUUUACAAUAAUAC